UGCCGUUUUGAAUGAUUGCUUCGCCUGGAGCCACUCCGACAUGUCUGCUUUUGCCGAGUUCGUCCCCCCUCCCGAAUGCCCGGUGUUUGAGCCGAGUUGGGAGGAAUUCUCGGAUCCUUUAGGAUUCAUCAACAAGAUCCGACCCAUUGCAGAGAAAACGGGCAUCUGCAAGAUACGGCCUCCACAGGACUGGCAGCCUCCAUUUGCCUGUGAUGUUCGCAACUUUCGCUUCACUCCAAGAGUGCAAAGACUAAAUGAACUUGAGGCUCUCACUCGGGUUAAACUGAACUUUCUGGAUCAAAUUGCAAAGUUCUGGGAGCUGCAGGGAUCAAAGAUUCGAUUCCCUCAUGUGGAGAGAAAGAUUUUGGACCUCUAUCAGCUCAGCAAGAUCGUGUCGUCCGAAGGCGGCUUUGAGACGGCAUGCAAAGAGAAGAGGUGGUCCAAAGUGGCCAGUCGAAUGGGCUUUCCGCAAGGAAAAGGCACUGGUUCUCUUUUGCGUUCACACUACGAGAGAAUCCUUUAUCCUUAUGAGCUCUUCCAGUCUGGAGCUACGCUCACUGGCCUCCACAGGCUGUACGAUGAGGCAACCGACGGGGAGGAAGUGGAUGAAGGAGUUGGCGAGGAGACGAUGGAGGAGGAGGAGGAACAAGACGAGGAGGAUGAAAAGGACAAGGAGAGAGACUCGGAGGGUGAUUUGAUGCAAACCAAAGAGCAAUUUCUGCCCGAGAGGCGCUCCAGACGACUGAAGUCAGAGAGAGAAAACAAAGAGCCUAAAGGCCUCAAACUCUUUGGAACAAGUCCCAAGAUGGUCGGUUUGGAGAUUCUUUCUGCUGAUGAUGGAUUCAUUAAGAAGCAGCGUCACCUCAAAGCUCAAGCCUUCGCCAUCAAGAUGAGACCACGCAAGGAGACCUUAGAGGUCAACUUUAUUGACCUUUAUCUCUGCCUGGUUUGUGGACGGGGCAACGAAGAGGAGCGGCUCCUGCUGUGUGAUGGCUGUGAUGACAGCUAUCACACCUUCUGUCUCAUCCCACCUCUGCAGGAUGUGCCCAAGGGGGACUGGCGAUGCCCGAAGUGCGUCGCAGAGGAGUGCAGUAAGCCCAGAGAGGCGUUUGGCUUCGAGCAGGCUGUGAGGGAGUACAGCCUGCAGGGCUUUGGAGAAAUGGCCGACCACUUCAAAUCGGACUAUUUCAACAUGCCCGUUCACAUGGUACCUACAGAGUUGGUAGAGAAAGAGUUCUGGCGCCUGGUCAGUAGCAUCGAGGAGGACGUCAUCGUUGAGUACGGAGCUGACAUCAGCUCCAAGGAGGUGGGCAGUGGCUUUCCUGUCAAGGACGGCAAGAGGAGGCUCCUGGGCGACGAGGAGGAAUAUGCCAACUCGGGCUGGAACUUGAACAACAUGCCGGUUCUGGAGCAGUCAGUUCUCACGCACAUCAACGUGGACAUAUCGGGCAUGAAGGUACCCUGGCUCUACGUGGGGAUGUGUUUUUCCUCGUUCUGCUGGCACAUAGAGGACCACUGGAGUUACUCCAUCAAUUUCCUGCACUGGGGUGAACCCAAGACUUGGUACGGAGUACCAGCUUCUGCAGCAGAGAAGCUAGAGGCUGUGAUGAAAAAACUGGCUCCAGAGCUGUUCGACUCCCAGCCAGACCUUCUUCACCAACUGGUCACCAUCAUGAACCCGAACAUCCUCAUGGAGCAUGGUGUUCCUGUGUACAGGACGAAUCAGUGUGCAGGGGAGUUUGUGGUGACCUUUCCCAGGGCUUACCACAGCGGCUUCAACCAGGGCUACAACUUCGCCGAAGCUGUUAACUUCUGCACCGCUGACUGGUUACCACUGGGGCGUCAGUGUGUCGCCCAUUACCGACGACUCCGUCGUUACUGCGUCUUCUCCCACGAGGAGCUGUUGUGCAAGAUGGCUGCCGAUCCAGAGAGCCUCGACGUGGAACUGGCUGCUGCCGUCUUCAAAGAGAUGGGAGAGAUGAUAGAAGAGGAGACAAAACUCAGACAGGCUGUCCAAGAAAUGGGGGUGCUGUCGUCGGAGCAGGAGGUUUUUGAACUUGUUCAAGAUGAUGAGCGUCAGUGCCACAAGUGUAAGACGACCUGCUUCCUGUCUGCGCUGACCUGUUCCUGCUGCCCAGAUCGGCUGGUUUGUCUCCACCACGCAAAAGAUCUCUGCGACUGUCCACUGGGCAACAAGUGUCUCCGGUACCGUUACGAUCUGGAUGAGUUUCCGUCGAUGCUUUACGGUGUGAAGACUCGGGCUCAGUCCUAUGACACCUGGGCAAAGAGGGUCGCGGAAGCUUUGGCAGCAGAUCAGAAAAACAAAAAAGAUUUGAUCGAGUUGAAGGUUUUACUGGAGGAUGCGGAGGACAGGAAGUAUCCCGAGAACACUUUGUUUCGUCACCUGAGGGAGAUGGUUAAAGAAGCGGAGACGUGCUCCUCAGUGGCUCAGCUGCUGCUCAGCCGCAAGCAGAGGCACAGCAGCCGCCUUCGUUCUGAGAGUAGCCGCAAUCGCACUAAGCUGACCGUGGAUGAGCUGAAAGCCUUCGUGGGCCAGCUCUACAAGCUGCCUUGUAUAAUCAGCCAGGCGAGAGAAAUCAAGGAGUUACUGGAGACUGUGGAGGAUUUCCACGAGCGAGCCCAGGUGGCACUAUCGGAUGAGAUGCCAGAUUCCUCUAAGCUGCAAGAACUUCUGGAUCUGGGCAGCGGACUGGACGUGGAGCUGCCCGAGCUGCCCAGGCUCAAACAGGAGCUGCAGCAGGCUCGUUGGCUUGAUGAGGUGCGCGUCACCCUUGCUGAGCCACACCGUGUCACUCUGGAACUGAUGAAGAGACUGAUAGAUUCUGGAGUGGGUCUGGCUCCACAUCAUGCCGUGGAGAAGGCGAUGGCCGAGCUGCAAGAGAUCCUCACUGUCUCAGAGAGAUGGGAGGACAAGGCACGAGCCUGUCUGCAGGCCAGACCUCGACACAGCAUGGUGACCCUGGAGAGCAUCAUGCUCGAUGCAAGGAACAUCCCAGCCUAUCUGCCCAAUGUUUUGGCUCUAGAAGAUGCCCUGCAGAAGGCAAAGGACUGGACCUCUAAGGUGGAAGCAAUCCAGAGUGGAAGCAGCUACGCUUACCUGGAACAGCUGGAGAACCUCCUGGCCCGAGGUCGCUCCAUCCCGGUGCGGCUCGACCCGCUAACUCAGGUGGAGUCCCAGGUGGCUUCAGCUCGAGCCUGGAGGGAGAGGACUGCUCGCACCUUCCUCAAGAAGAACUCCACAUACACUCUGCUCCAGGUUCUUAGCCCGCGUGUAGACAUAGGCAUUUACAGCAACAGCAAGAGCAAGAGGAAGCGGGUCAAGGAGCUGAUCGAGAAGGAGAGAGGCAGCUAUGACCCGGACACUUUGAGCGACCUGGAGGAGAGCCUCGAGGAGGUGCGAGAACCUUCAGCUGUUGUAGCUGCCUUCAAAGCCAAAGAGCAGAAGGAAGUGGAAGCAAUUCACUCCCUCCGUGCAGCUAACUUAGCCAAGAUGGCCAUGGCGGAUCGCAUCGAGGAGGUCAAGUUCUGCCUGUGUCGGAAGACGGCCAGCGGCUUCAUGCUGCAGUGUGAGCUUUGCAAGGACUGGUUCCAUGGAGCGUGCGUCCCGUUGCCCAAGACGGGCACACAGAAGAAAGUUGGCGUGGGUUGGCAGAGCAAUAGCAAAGACUCUAAAUUCUUGUGUCCACUGUGUCAGAGGUCGAGGAGACCGAGACUAGAGACCAUCCUGUCCCUGCUGGUUUCGCUGCAGAAGCUGCCGGUGCGUCUGCCAGAAGGAGAAGCUCUGCAGUGUUUAACAGAAAGAGCCAUGAGCUGGCAGGACCGAGCGCGUCAGUCUCUGGCCACGGACGAGUUGUCCUCGGCGCUGGCUAAGCUGUCUGUUUUGAGCCAGCGAAUGGUAGAGCAGGCGGCGAGGGAGAAAACUGAGAAGAUCAUCAACGCUGAGCUGCAAAAGGCUGCAGCUAAUCCUGACUUGCAGGGCCACAUCCAAACUUUCCAACAGUCUGGUUUCAGCAGAGCCACAUCGCCACGCCAGUGUGUGGACUACGAUGACGAAGAAACGGACUCGGAUGAGGACAUCAGGGAGACUUACGGCUAUGACAUGAAGGACCCAGGUGAGGUGAAGCCCUACUUGUUCUGUGACGAGGAGAUUCCCGUCAAGUCAGAGGAGGUGGUCAGUCACAUGUGGCCAGCUGCUACUCCUUCAUUCUGCGCCGAACACGCCUACUCGUCUGCAUCCAAGUCGUGUGUGCAAAAUCUUGGCACACCCAGAAAACAGCCCAGGAAGACCCCACUGGUCCCUCGAAGCUUAGAGCCGCCAGUUCUGGAACUGUCCCCGCAGGCUAAGGCCCAGCUGGAGGAGCUGAUGAUGCUGGGAGACCUGCUGGAGGUGUCCCUGGAUGAGACCCAGCACAUCUGGAGGAUCCUGCAAGCAACGCAGCCUCCCUCUGAGGAGAGAUUCUUGCAAGUCAUGGAGCCUGACAUUUCCCUGAUGGAGAAGCCUCUGAAGAUCAAACUUAAAGAUUCAGAGAAGAAACGGAAACGGAAGUUGGAGCGAGCCGAACAUCACCACAUGCUAAUAGCCGCCGCCGCCGGCUCCUCGGCCAUGGGAGACAUCCGACUGUCCAAGUCCAAAGAGCUGAAAAGGGUCGGCCUCGAGCUCUGCCUCGGCAGCAAGCCCAAGAAGAAGAAGCUCAAACUCAACCUGGAAAAGAACCGGGAGAUAAAGCAGCUGGCCAAACGAUUAGCCAAGGAGGAAAAGGAGAGGAAGAGGAAGGAGAAGGCAGCCGUAAAGGCGGAGGCCAUCAAAGAGGGCUUUGAGAAAAGGAAAGAGAAGAAGAUCUUAGACAUUCCCUCCAAGUACGACUGGUCGGGGGCCGAGGACUCUAAUGAUGAGAAUGCUGUGUGUGCAGCGAAGAACUGUCAGAGACCAUGUAAAGACAAGGUGGACUGGGUCCAGUGCGACGGAGGCUGCGACGAGUGGUUCCACCAGGUCUGCGUCGGGGUUUCCUGCGAGAUGGCCGAGACCGAGGACUACAUUUGCUUGGACUGCUCUGAGAAAGCGAGUGGGGGAAUAACCGUGGAGGAGGAGAGCGUCGUGGUGCUGUCGGCGUGCGGCGUUGUGCAGAGCGUGCACUCGUCCGUGCCCUCGUGGUCCUCUGCGCCUCACGUCAACCCAGCGGCUUCCAUUCUGCAGCAAGACCCUCAGCAGAUCAGCUAGCACCGAACGUCAGGCGAGAACUGAGCGCCCGAGCGUUGUAAACAUCUGGAGAACAAAAAACUUUGAGACCGUAUUUCUGUCUGGAGUGUAAAAGCACAAGAAAUGACUUGGAAAAAGAAGUUUUAAACUGCUAACGAGUGCAGAGUUAGUCCUCCUGUCAACAUGUAGGUGUAGAAACACCCGAAGGCUCUUAUUUACAGUCCAACAAACACACACUGACUCGAGCUGUUGCUUUCAGCCCAGGAUGGUUGGCCCCUCCGACCUUUGACCCCUCAGACACUUAACAUCUCAGUACGACUAGG